AGCCAGAGGAACAGGGAAAGAUCCACAUAAGGGCACGGGGGUGGAGUCAGUAGUGGGAAUGUCCUGGUAUAAAAAGCGGCUCUGUCAAUGAAAACACUCAGACACUGAAAACACUGAGCCACACUUUGAGUUUACUGAACCAGAACCAGAACCAGAAGCAUGCUGCUGCAGCCAGUCUGGAACUUUCUGCUGGCACACUCGUCUGUCCAGCGCUCCCCCUUCUUCCCGGUGUUCUUCUCCUUGUCCGUGUACCUCAUCUUCUGUUUGCCCUUUCUUCUGCUGGACCUGCUCUCCCUCAGGUGGACCCUGGUGCGCAGGUACAAGUUGCAGUCUCAGAGCUCCAUCAGCUGGGCCUCGGUGCGGAGCUGUCUGGCUCUGACCCUCUACAACCACCUGCUCUUCAUCUUUCCACUCACUGUCCUCAACUGGUACCUGCGGCCGGUGCAGCUGCCACAGGAGGCUCCACCUCUGCAUCACCUGCUGGCUCAGGUGCUGGUCUGCCUGCUCCUGUUCGAUUUCCAGAGCUUCGUCUGGCACCUGCUGCACCACAGGGUGCCCUGGCUGUACCGCACUUUUCACAAGCUGCACCACACCUACACCUCCACCUCAGCCCUAACCGCAGAAUACUCUGGGGCCUGGGAGACCCUGAGUUUGGGCCUUUUUGCUGCCGCCAACCCCAUGUUGCUGGGCUGCCAUCCCCUCACAGAGAUGGUUUUCUUCAUCGUGAACAUCUGGCUGUCAGUGGAGGACCACUGUGGCUAUGACCUGCCCUGGGCCACGCACCGUCUCAUCCCCUUUGGACUGUAUGGCGGUGCACGCCACCAUGACCUCCACCACCUCAAGUCCAAAUGCAACUUUGCCCCCUACUUCACACACUGGGAUCGUUUGGCCGGGACACUUUACACGGGGGACUGAAGGGACUAACUCUUUCUGAACGUACUUCAGCUCAGACUGUAGCAGGUCUAUGAACGUCCUGAUGGAGACGUUCAGAGACCAGUCAGAGACUUUGUUAAGCUGUGGACAUAUGGGCCAGUGAAAAAAAACAUCUGAUUUUUAUUUCAGUAUUUAAAUUUAUGGAUAUAUUUAUUAUCUGUUGAUGUUUUGAGCCAGGUUCAAAGCUUCCAGGAGUCUGUGUCAUUAUUUAUAAAGAGAACCUUCAGGACCUGCAGUCAGAAGAAAGCACUGAUCUGUCCUUUGGUUCUUUAAAGACUUUCAUUAAGGUUGAUCUUUAAACAGUCAGAAAAUGUUCAUGUUGAACGGUUUAACCUGUGUAUCUUGUUUAGUUUUAUAAACAUCUCAUAAGGUUUCUGAGGAACAAUGAAGGAACAAAAAGAAGGUGCUGGGGAGGAGGAUGAGGAAGAAUGAGAAAUGCUUUGUAGUUAUUUAUUUUAGGUAUUUAUCGGAGAGAAAAUAAAGUGUUUGAAGGAGAAUGUGUAAUCCCAUGUACAAGAUGUGAAUGAAAUAUUGCACAGAGAAUGGAAGCAUUUUUUGGUGGGACCAGAUUUGUUUCUAAACCUAGUAUAUCCUUUGGAAUCUGAAUGGUUUACUUGACCAGCUGCUUUUCCAAAUAAAAUCUUGAAAAAUGUA